CCUCAGAGACGCAAUAAUCCCAGAAUUUCAGAAACUUAUACGCAAUCGAUGGUUAGAUUUCGCAGCAUUACUUUGUUCAAGCUAAUGUUCAAGAUCAGUCCCACCAUUACUUUGUUCAUAUUGCUUCUUUUCAAUGGAAUUGUGCUUCAAUUUUGCAAUUUGGAGGUAGUAUUGUUAGAACUUCAAAGUGGCUGUGACAUCGUUCCUCUCUUCGUUUAUAAAUUCAGCAUUUCAAUGGUGGCUUCAGGUGCAACAGUGGUGGCAACGGGUGAAACAGGUAUUAUUUAGAUGGCGUCUAUGUUUAAUUGUUUAUCAAGCUUUCUAAUUUUGUCCAUUGAACUUCAUCUAUGAUUAGAUAUAUAGAAGGAUGUAUUUUUUUUUAAGCCAAAAAAGAAGGUUAUACUUGAAGGAAUGAGGUUGGAAAGGGAUUUAUAUGAGAUUAGAUACACGUACAUGCUUAGUUUAAAAAAUACAAGUUGUUUAUUCAAGUUUCGUAUCCGGCUUGUUGGGGAUAUAGGGCCAAGUCUAGCUGCCAGUGGAUCAAAAAGGUUUUGUUAGCCAUUUCUUUUCUUUGACAAAGAGAGAGAGGAUCGUGAUGGGCAAAUGGAGGGAAAUGUGCCUGAAGAAGAGAGAAAGUGUUUCAAAGGUCUAGGAAUAGGUUUGUUUUUUACUGGUGCUGUUUUGUUCAAAUCUUUAUGCCUCAUGAGAAGAUGUUUGCUUUUGUUUUUGGUUCAAAUGUGCAUUUUUAUAUUUAGAGAGUGAUGAUAUUUGAUUUUAGUUAACUUUUAGGUUUUGCUCAAUAGACCCAGCCAUGAAAU